GAACAAAAUAAAUACUUUAUAAACGACACGCUUUGCUACACUGUAAACACAAAACGGAGUCAGUGUUUAGAUCUUUAAGGGAUAAACGACGUCGUUUACAAAGAUUCAUAUAAAAAUCCGAUUAUUUUUCUCACUGCUGCUGAAAACAGCAAACAGUUUUGAUGAUAAAAGCCAUGGCUCUAUCUUCUGCCGGCGUCGUCUCUCAUCUUCAUCCUCCGUCGUUUUCUUCGUCGUCAGGAUUAUCCGUCAACAGAGUUCUGUUUCGGAAUCGGAACGCUAGUCCUUGUGGUCUAUCUCUUCCAAUUCUCAAUCCGUCUCGGUCUGUACUUGUUUUUGCUCGUGGCAAGAAUCGAAAAGGAUUCGUGUCUUCGUCUUCUUCGUCUCCGAAGAAAAACAAAAAGAAAAGUUUGGAUGGAGCUGAUAAUGGAGGAGGUGAGGAGGAGGAGGAUCCAUUUGAGGCAUUGUUUAAUCUUUUAGAAGAAGAUUUGAAGAAUGAUAACUCGGAUGAUGAGGAGAUAAGUGAGGAAGAGUUAGAGGCAUUAGCCGAUGAGUUAGCUCGAGCAUUGGGUGUUGGUGACGAUGUUGAUGACAUCGACUUGUUUGGUUCAGUCACUGGUGAUGUUGAUGUUGAUGUUGAUAAUGAUGAUGAUGAUAAUGAUGAUGAUGAUAAUGAUGAUGAUGAUGAUGACAGCGAAGAAGAUGAAAGACCGACUAAGCUGAAGAAUUGGCAGCUUAAAAGACUGGCUUAUGCAUUGAAAGCUGGGCGUCGUAAAACUAGUAUUAAAAAUCUGGCAGCUGAGGUUUGUCUUGACAGGGCUUAUGUUCUUGAAUUGCUUCGUGACCCGCCUCCAAAGCUGCUAAUGCUAAGUGCUACACUACCAGAUGAAAAACCGCCAGUAGCAGCACCUGAGAACUCCUCACCUGAUCCAAGUCCUGUGGAAUCAUUAUCAGCUGAAGAUGUUGUGGUCGAACCUAAGGAAAAAGUAAAAGAUGAAGCAGUUCAUGUGAUGCAACAGAGAUGGUCUGCUCAGAAAAGAGUGAAGAAAGCUCACAUUGAAACGCUAGAGAAAGUUUACAGAAGAUCAAAACGACCCACUAAUGCUGUGGUUAGCAGCAUUGUUCAAGUGACCAAUCUUCCAAGGAAGCGAGUUUUGAAGUGGUUCGAAGAUAAAAGAGCAGAAGACGGAGUUCCAGAUAAGCGAGCUCCAUAUCAAGCUCCGGUUUGAUCUAAUGUUAACGUUGAGAUGGCAAUGAUUUGUAUACUUGAUUCUCAGAAACUCAUCAACAUUGUCGUCAAGGACAAGUUUUUUUGGUGAUACGAGGAGUGUUUAUAGUAGUAGAUUCUGUCCAAUGGUGUGGCUGGAUAUGUUGGACUAUGAAAUUUUAGGAUAUCUUGUAUUCAGUUUUUAGUUAUUUCCUUGCUGAGAUUGUGUCUUGUAGAAAACCGUUUCAACUUUGUUUGGUUUAUGGCGGCUAUAAAGUUUAAUUUUAAUGCAUGACAAAAACAAA